AUGUCCCCCACCUCCUCUCUCAAUACCCUCCUCCCUCUCGUCCUCACCUUCGCCCUCACCACAGCAUCAGCAUCAGCAUCAGCAUCGGCCCUCGCAACCGUGCAAUUCACAUCCUACGGCACCCCGAACUGCGCUUCCGCGGCUAUAGGCUCCGCGCGCGUCGUCUCGACGUACUGUGUGAAUAUCGAGGAUUUUCCGAUCAGUUCGUUUAGUGCGUCUGUGUCUGAGCCGUGUGAGGCGGGACAGACGGCCGUGUUGAGGUUGUUUGGGGAGGCGGGGUGUGAUGAGGGGGUUUUGGAGGAGGUUGAGUUGGGUACGGGAGGGGAGGAUGGGUGUUUUGGGUUCGAGGGGACGGUGAGGAGUUUGAGUGUUCACUGUGUUUAG